GCCAUCGUAAGCAACAAUUUAUCCCCCGUAUGAUAACCACUCGUUUGCGGCUCUUCUUAUUUAUUUCGAUUUAUUACUAAAUAUUUAAUUGUAAAAUGGGUGAAAAUGUUCAGGGGACCUUCACAUCUGAGAAAAUCUCGAAAAUAAGGUGGCGCAGAGAGGAUUUCACUGAGGCCAAAUCGUUUGUUACUGGAAGCUGGGACAAUCCUAUCAAUAAUAUUGUUCACUGGACAUUUGAAACUUCCGAGGAUGAUGAGGCUUACCCGGUAGUGGAUUCCACGUUCUCUUUUCAUGGGGAUGUUACAGAAAUUGAGUUCAUAGACAAAAACGCCUUUGUGGCUUCCUCCUCCAUCGGUUCGGUGAAACUUUUGAAGAUAAAUGAGGCACCAUACGGUGAAUUUAAGGAGCUCAUGUCCUGGGAGUAUAUUCACCAAUUCAGCACUGGUGAUCACGCCUCGUGCACGGCAUUAACGACAUUCAAUCAGGACAUUGCGACUGUCGGGGAGGAUGGGAGGAUAAAUCUACUGACAGCCCAGGAGAGGAAGCCUGUCAGGACUAUCGAAAAUGCUGAUAGUUGUUCGCUAGUGUGCAUAGAUUUUCUGAGACAUAACGAGAUAUUGACGAGUAAUAGCCGAGGUCAUAUGAAGUUAUGGGACUUGAGGAAUGAUCGAGAUACGCCAGCCACAACUUUUAUGUUACCAGAUCAAUUGAAGACUGAGGCAACAGAUAUUGCCCAUCACCCAACCCAGAGGCAUAUCGUGGCAGCAGGUGGUGGUGAUGGUAGUUUGAGCGUCUGGGAUCUACGCCAAAGUACGUAUCCUAUUUCUCAACUCCUCGCACACUCGCGAGCUAUCGCAGAAGUAUUGUUCCAUCCGGAUAGACCGGACAACCUAUUCACGUGUUCUGUUAAUGGAGAAUUGUGGCAUUGGAAUGACACGCAAGGAUCGAAAUUAAAGCUAGAGGGUGGUGAGAGCCAUUGGCUGACGGCCAGAGGAAUUGGUGCAAAGAUGAAUGUGUCAGCUUUGUGUGCGUCAAUGCACAAACCCAUAAACAGUAUUGACAUUGACAGGUCAACACUACUCUUCGGUUGUGAUAACGAAGCUAUGUACGUUGUGAGAAAUGUUGCUUUGUUAACUACUGAAAUAAUUCAGUCACUUCAGAAACUUCUUGGGACGAAUGCCACCACCAUCUGUGCUCACUAUUCCGAAUUGAAAAAUCUCCACCUCCGUUUCCCGGGGUCGGAGCGAACCGCCUUGCCAUUUUUUUUCUCAUCUUCUCUUGCAUUCAAUGGUCUGGUGGGAAUGAGCAACCUAUUCUACACGAGAUUAGCGAAAAAUAUUUUGAUUUCACAUAAAACAUUUCUCAGAUCUUGCGACUCAGCGUCGGUCGUCAGUAGCCAGAGACACCGAUAUGGCACAGCAACGGAGGAGAAAAACGCUGAGACAAACGAGGAGUUAUCAGAGAACGAGAAAAAGUUGAAGUCCGAGGUAGACCAGUUGAGCAAGGAUAUUGGGCUCCUGAAGGAGAGGAAUUCGGAGCUAGAUGACAAAUAUAAGCGAGCACUUGCAGAAGGUGAGAACAUGAGGAGGCGAUUGACCAAGCAGAUCGAGGAUGCUAAGUUAUUUGGGAUCCAGGGGUUCUGCAAGGAUUUGCUAGAUGUAGCUGACAUCCUGGGAAAGGCUACUGAGAGUGUGCCUAAGGAUGAGCUCACUGAGAGAAAUCCACAUCUCAAGACGUUAUAUGAAGGUCUGAGAAUGACUGAAUCCCAGCUGCAUAAGGUGUUUAAAAAGCACGGGCUGGUCUCCCUGAACCCUCUCGAUGAAAAAUUUGACCCCAACCAACACGAAGCACUAUUCCAACAGGAAGUCCAGGGCAAAACCCCUGGAACAGUCGUCGUUGUCUCUAAAGUUGGUUACAAACUACACGAAAGAAUAGUGCGGCCUGCACUAGUGGGUGUUUCCAAGGCAUAAUUAAUUCCUAAGACUAUUCAAUUUAUUAUUUUCCUUAGAGAUGUCUAUAAUUCCAGAAUUUGCACAUUUUAUUAUGAUUUAAAGUCAUCAUAUACUGCUGUGGGUGAAUAAAUGAUUUCGUCGUUAGUCGAAA